AGCAACUAAUGUAAUAAAGGUUACUGCAAUAAUAGCAAAUACUAAAAAAACAGAUUUGAAAAAAAAAAGAUUCUGUUUGGAUAAUCUCCAGGGAAAUUAUUGUUGGUCCUUGGCACUACCUAGAUAUCUGGUAAUUGGUAACCCAAGCAUUUAAUGCGGUUCUCUGAAAAUAGCUGGAAAUCAACCUUUUCAAGUCUUAUUUGACCGAAAAUAUAACUUCUGUAUUAAUGUGUUUUAAUGACUGAUCACUGACUUGCUCAGGAAAAACAAGACCGUUUAUAAUUUCAUUUGCAUUGCUUUGUAGACCAUUAUUGUUAUGGUAACCUUUUCUUCUUUCUCUCUCUCUCUGUGUUUUCAUGUGACUGCAGCUCAUUUUCACCAUGUAAUCGAGCUCCUGUGGUUCAGACAGGGCACUGUCUCAGGGAUUUUCCUCUCUGCAGUGUUCCAGUUCUCCUACACUGCAGUAUUUGGAGCUUAUACAGCCUUUAUAUUCAUCAGGACAGGUCAUUUGGUGGGUCCUGUGCUGUGCCACUCCUUCUGCAAUUACAUGGGUUUUCCAGCUGUCAGCACGGCCCUGGACCACCCGCACCGCCUCACGAUUCUCUCCUUCUACGUGCUGGGGGUCGUUCUCUUCUUCCUCCUCAUCUUCCCCAUGACUGACCCGCUCUUCUAUGGUUUUCCCACACCCGUCUGCACCCUGACCUCCACACCUGGAUCCAUCUGCUCCUGAUCCAUCCAUACCUCCAUCCAGCUUGUCAUCCAUUCCUUCUCUCCAGCCAUUUGAAAAGGGAUGGCUGUUUUGCUGCUGGUUUCACCAGGAGAGCGAGGGACUGCUGGAGAACAGGUAUGAGAAUUCACAGCCUCUGUGAGGUGGUGUGUGGAAGAACUCGGUGGAUGCAAAACAUCCUCAGGUUGCACUGACCAUUCUUUUCACCAUUCAGCCGAUGUUGCAUUAUCAAGUGACUUCAGCUACAGGCCUGCAUUUGAAGACAAGUUAAUUAUAUGUGUCUGCAUGUUUAUAUGACAAUAUUUCAGUGUAUUUAUCAUGAGAUUGGUGCUGGGGAUAAAGAUCAGACACUAUUACGGGUUCCUAGGAGAAUUUGUAUGCUGAAAUGUGCAUUGCUGAAUUGCUAGAUUCCCUAUUUUUUUGUUGUGACAUUAGAAACUUGUUCACAUACACCGUACCUUAGGGUCUGGUGCACUUACUUGAAAACGCCAUAAAUUUUUACAGAAUUAUUUAGUUUUACUCUUGAUUUUUAUUGUCUAAAUAUCACGCCACUUAAGUCAGUAGGCUUAAAUUUAAAUAAAUGUCUUUAGGUACGCUUUCAAAGCAAUAGACCUAGAUUAAUA